AUGCCCUACACUCUAUCCGACGCUCAUCACAAGUUGAUCACCUCUCAUUUGGUCGACACCGACCCUGAAGUCGACUCUAUCAUCAAGGAUGAAAUUGAAAGACAAAAGCACUCCAUCGAUUUGAUUGCUUCUGAAAACUUCACCUCCACCUCUGUUUUCGACGCCCUUGGAACUCCAUUAUCCAACAAAUACUCUGAAGGUUAUCCAGGUGCCCGUUACUACGGUGGUAACGAACACAUUGACAGAAUGGAAAUUCUAUGUCAACAAAGAGCUUUGAAAGCCUUCCACGUUACUCCUGACAAAUGGGGUGUUAACGUCCAAACUCUAUCUGGCUCUCCUGCUAAUUUGCAAGUUUACCAAGCUAUUAUGAAGCCUCAUGAAAGAUUGAUGGGUCUAUACUUGCCAGAUGGUGGCCAUUUGUCUCACGGUUACGCUACUGAAAACAGAAAAAUUUCUGCUGUUUCCACAUACUUUGAAUCUUUCCCAUACAGAGUUAACCCAGAAACCGGUAUUAUCGACUACGAUACCUUAGAAAAGAACGCCAUUCUAUAUAGACCAAAGGUUCUUGUGGCUGGUACUUCAGCUUACUGUCGUUUAAUUGACUACAAGAGAAUGAGAGAAAUUGCUGACAAAUGUGGUGCCUACUUGAUGGUGGACAUGGCCCAUAUUUCCGGUUUGAUCGCCGCAGGUGUCAUCCCAUCUCCUUUCGAAUACGCUGAUAUCGUUACCACCACUACUCAUAAGUCUUUGAGAGGUCCUCGUGGUGCUAUGAUUUUCUUCAGAAGAGGUGUGAGAUCUAUCAACCCUAAGACUGGUAAAGAAGUUCUAUACGAUUUGGAAAACCCAAUUAACUUUUCUGUUUUCCCAGGUCACCAAGGUGGUCCACACAAUCAUACAAUUGCUGCUUUGGCUACUGCUUUGAAGCAAGCUGCUACCCCAGAAUUCAAAGAAUACCAAACUCAAGUCUUGAAGAAUGCCAAGGCUUUGGAAAGCGAAUUCAAGAACUUGGGCUACAGAUUAGUUUCCAACGGUACCGACUCUCACAUGGUUUUAGUAUCCUUGAGAGAAAAGGGUGUUGAUGGUGCUCGUGUCGAAUACAUUUGUGAAAAGAUUAACAUUGCUUUGAACAAAAACUCUAUUCCAGGUGAUAAAUCAGCUUUGGUUCCAGGUGGUGUCCGUAUUGGGGCUCCAGCCAUGACCACCAGAGGAAUGGGUGAAGAAGAUUUCCACAGAAUUGUUCAAUACAUUAACAAGGCUGUCGAAUUCGCUCAACAAGUUCAACAAAGUUUGCCAAAGGAUGCUUGUAGAUUAAAGGACUUUAAAGCCAAGGUUGACGAAGGCUCUGAUGUUUUGACCACUUGGAAAAAGGAAAUUUACGACUGGGCUGGCGAAUACCCAUUGGCUGUGUGA